CACCACCACCCAUUUCUCUCCCACGCAACCCUGCUUCGGAUCUCUCGCUCUUUCUCUCUCCUCUCUCCCUUCCAGUGCUUUUGUGUCCUCUGUCUCUCUCGCUCUCUCUCGUUGUAGCGCAGCACCAGCAAGUGGGCUCGAUGGACACGGACGUGGUGGCUCGAGCCUUCGUGGAGCACUACUACUCCACCUUCGACACCAAUAGGGCAGGCUUAGCCUCUCUCUACCAGGACAACUCCAUGCUCACGUUCGAGGGCCAGAAGGUUCAGGGAGCUCAGAACAUUGUCACCAAGCUCACGAGUCUCCCCUUUCAACAGUGCCAGCACUCCAUCACCACCAUCGAUUCCCAGCCAUCUGUGCAUCCCAACUCGAUCAUCGUCUUCGUCAGUGGCAACCUCCAGCUGGCAGGGGAGCAGCAUGCCCUAAAAUUCAGCCAGAUGUUCCAUUUGCUCCAGACACCUCAGAACAGUUACUAUGUGUUGAAUGACAUAUUCCGGCUUAAUUAUGCGUGAUUCAUUCACAAAUUUGGGAUAGAUUUUUGGGACUAUUUGGUGAGUGGGGGCUGCAUCUGUGUCUACCUCAAAUGAUUAUUACUGUUUAUUUCCUCUUUUGUGGUUUUGAAUAUUGGGUUUCUCUUGUUGCGAUUUGGUUCCUAUCAAACUAUCUGGGAGUGGGAUCAAGAUGUCUGCUUUUUGUUUGUUCUUAAUAUGGGAUGAACAAUUAGAUUUGGAAAGAUGGUUUGGUGUCCAUUGAAAUUUCCUUCUAUGGAUUAGUGUCUUUGAUUCUAGCUUCUUCCCCUUAGUGUUGGGGGACUAUUUUUUAUGAAAUUUCUUUUGAGUGUCUUUCAAAUUCAACAUAAAUUUAGAUAUUGGGUUAUGGUC